AUGACAACUCGGACGCAGCGGCUGGCUCUGCCCAAACCAAGCCUCCUCACACAUCCGGACCGCCGCUACUUACUCAGGCCGUCUCCCGUCUGGCCGGUGAGUCCGCGGGCGCUCCAGGCCGUGCCCUCGGAGCGGCUCUGUAAGCUGGCUCAACCCAAGACCCCGGCCGCGGGCUGGCAGCCAGAGCUCCCGCUGCUGACCCCACUGAGCAGAGCCACACAGACGGCCAUGGCCUCCCCAAGAACUUGCCAUCUCGCCCAACCCAAGAGGAGACAAGCUCUUUCUGAUCUCAUCCCGGGACCUGAAGCCAAGCCCUCUGGCACCUACAGAGCUUCCGCACACACCGAGCUGCUGGCCAGCCCAAAGCUCCAGCACCCCAAAUACAGAUGUGAGCGCUCGCCUCUCUGGCCCGUCUCCAGAGCCGCCAGGUCGUACACCGCCAGUCCCAGAGUGCUGGAGCUGUCCGGCCCCCGAGAGAGGAAGGACCCAAGCGAAGGUCAGGACACGGCCGCUGUCAGCAGGGCAGCCCUCUCUGCCAGUCCCUCCGCUCGCAUACGUCAGCUCUCGCUGCCACUGCCACGAAAGUGCUCGUCUAAGUAGGACGGCUGCGACCUGGAGGGCCAUCAGGUUCCACUGAGAUCAGAGUGUCUU